GAAGGAAGGGAGGGGGGUGGGGUCCCAAACACUUUUUCUUUCAUUUUGAUGAUAGCAUAAACUAAAAAGGCUAGAAACUAUAAUGGAUAACCAACUAGCCAUAUCCUCCUAAUAUACAUCCAUUAAUAUCAUUGAAUUAAGUCUCACAUUUCACUCCCUCAUAUAUAUCUUCUUCAUGUCUCCUAAGUGACAACCCUAGUUGAAGCUCUACCAUCGAUCAAUCAGGAAGGAGAGGCUGUUAAUUCUAAUUCCAGAAUCAUUUUCUUAAUUAAUUUCUCUAUGGAUAAACCCCUCAUGAUGACUCCAACACAAAGCCCCAUCAUGAGCCUAGAUGCCAAAACCCCUUUUCUUGAUCAUCAACCCCAGAACAUUAAUGAAAGUGCACUAAACAUCAACAUGGCAGUGAUCAUUGCAGCCCUAAUAUGUGCUUUGCUUUGUGCUCUUGGCCUAAACUCCAUGUUACAAUGUGUGUUUCAAUGCACUCAAAGGACUAUCUCUGAGCCAGUUGAAUGGGUAGCUUCAAAGAGAGUGAACACUGGGCUUAAGAAGAAAGAUAUGAUUGCUUUGCCAACAUCUACUUAUAAUAAUAAUGCAAAUUCUUCUUCAUCUGGUUCAUGCACAUCAUCAUCAUCAUGUGCUAUUUGCUUGUUGGAUUUCAUGGAUGGAGAGAGAAUUAGGGUUCUCCCUCAAUGUAGCCACUCAUUCCAUGUUGCUUGUGUUGAUAAAUGGCUACUCUCACAUUCUUCUUGCCCUACUUGUAGGCUUCAUCUCAAGUCUAGCAAUUGUUUAGAAAUUUUAACAGCUCUUUAAGAAUGUCUUAUGAUGACUACGAGAGUUUUUCUUUAGAAAUAACAUUUUCAUCUAAGAGAUGGGGGUGUUGAUGUUUGGUUUUACUUAUAUGAUUGUGUGCUAGACAUUAUGUCAUUGUAACAAAACGUUGUUACAAUUAGUUCUUGGUAAACUCUAGCUACCAUAUAUAGUAGGAGAGAGCACUUCAAAGGUGCUCAUCAUGCUACGUAGACGAGGCAAAGAGUUGAUGAUGUUGAUUUUCGAUUCAAAUGGUAGUUUCAAUUUCGAGGCCUAUUUGAUCUUAAAGUUUGAAUAAAAGGAAAGGGUCACUUGAGGAGGAUCAAACAUUACUCUUUUAGAAUACAACAUAUAUAUAGUAUAAUCUAUCAUUAUUCGCAUAAUUCUUUAGCCAAAAUUGUAACUUUCAUUACAAUCGUUAAGAGUAAUUAUUAUAGACGAAA